AUGGCAUACGUCAGAAACAGUGAGCUUUUGUUUAAGGUGCUUGUUGUCGGUGAAAGUGGCACUGGAAAAACUUGUCUGAUUCGUCGUUAUGUACACAGCAUCUUUCUGGCCACCAACAAGGCCACCAUUGGAGUGGAUUUUGCUCUGAAGGACAUCGUGCAUGCUGCAUCCAACCGCAACAUCACUCUGCAACUUUGGGACAUUGCGGGGCAAGAACGUUACGGCCAGAUGACACGAGUGUAUUACCAGGCAGCGGCUGGAGCCGUUGUCGUUGCUGACAUCACUCGGCCGGAGACACUUGAUCUGGCGGUGAAGUGGAAGCUGGACUUAGACAGCAAGGUAUCUCUCAGGGCGUCCGGAAAACCCAUCCCCUGUAUCCUACUGAUCAACAAGCUGGAUCUGCUUCCCAACGGGGUUCUGGCAGCCGCGGCGGCAGGUGAUAGUGGCAGCCACCGUGCCUUUGCCAGCGAAGGCGGGAUUCAGAAGACGAAGGAGGAGAUGGACGAGUUUUGCCGCAGCCACGGUUUUGAGGCGUGGUUUGUCACCAGCGCGAAGGAAAACAAAAACGUGGAUGCCGCCUUCCACAAGCUGGUGGAUUGUGUCCUGAACUCGGUGGACGCCUUAGGCGGCGGUGCGGUGGACAUUGAGGCAGUGAAUGACAAGGGCGCUAGUGGAAAAGUACUCCAUUCUAACCGAGCGAGGCGUGUGGAAAAGUCCAGCUGUGCCUGCUAG